GGACCGGGGGGGACGGGCCAACCGGAAAGCUACGUGUCUUGAAAGCCGCUUUUUUAAAGCUCAGCCUUCGCCUCCCUUCGCCUUUUCUUGUUUUUAACGCCUUCCCUUGAGGUUCGGUGAUUAAAACCUUCGCGGAGGGAAAGAGAGAAAGAGGUCUCCGGUGUGUCCCCGGUGUCUGGCUGUCCUGUCUUGUCCGUCGGCGGGGUGAACUCUACAGCGAAAUGUCCGGAGUGAAAAAGCUUCGUACGGAUCACGUUAGGUCCACCAACGUGGUGUACCAGGCCCACCACGUCAGCAGGACCAAGAGAGGGCAGGUCGUUGGCACCAGGGGAGGCUUCAGGGGCUGCACCAUCUGGCUCACAGGUCUAUCAGGCGCUGGGAAGACCACCAUCAGUUUUGCCCUGGAAGAGUAUCUCGUGUCCCACAGGAUCCCCUGCUACUCGCUGGACGGUGACAACAUCCGCCACGGCCUGAACAAGAAUCUGGGCUUUUCUGAUAACGACCGCGAGGAGAACAUCCGACGUGUCGCUGAAGUUGCGAAACUGUUUGCAGAUGCAGGUCUCGUUUGCAUCACUAGUUUCAUCUCUCCUUUUGCCCAGGAUCGUGACGAGGCGAGGAAGAUCCAYGAGGGUGCCGGGCUGCAAUUUUUGGAAGUGUUCGUCCAUGCCCCCCUCGAAGUGUGUGAGAGCAGGGAUGUGAAAGGACUGUACAAGAAGGCUCGCGCUGGAGAAAUUAAAGGUUUUACUGGAAUUGACUCGCAGUACGAGCGCCCCGAGGCACCGGAACUUGUCCUGAAAACCGGAGAGCUCUCAGUGAACGAGUGCAUCCACCAGCUGCUGGAGCUGCUCAGGGAUCAGAGCAUUGUGCCGGGUGAGAUCCUGGAGGAGGUGAUCGAACUCUUUGUUCCGGAGAACAAGCUGAAUCUUGCUGUGACUGAUGUAAACACUCUGCCCACCAUCAGCAUCACCAAGUUAGAUCUUCAGUGGGUGCAGGUUUUAGCCGAAGGCUGGGCCAGUCCUCUAAAGGGCUUCAUGAGAGAAAAAGAGUUCCUCCAGGUCCUGCACUUUGGCAACCUGCUGGAUGGCGGGGCCAUCAACAUGUCCAUUCCCAUUGUGCUGCCUGUGAGCACUGAGGUGAAGCAGGAGCUGGACGGCAGCGYAGCUGUAGCUCUGGAGUAUCAGGGUUCACGAGUGGCUAUUCUCAGGAAACCCGAGUUCUACCCUCAUCGGAAAGAGGAACGCUGUGCCAGACAGUGGGGCACCACCUGCCCUCAGCACCCAUAUAUAAAGAUGGUUAUGGAGGGAGGUGAUUGGCUGGUUGGUGGUGACCUGGAGGUGCUGGAGCGAAUCAAAUGGAAUGAUGGAUUGGACCAGUACCGCCUCACUCCUAAAGAGCUGAAGCAGAAGUUCAAAGACAUGGGAGCAGACGCGGUGUUCGCCUUCCAGCUGCGUAACCCGGUCCACAACGGCCAUGCCCUGCUCAUGCAGGACACCAAGCGGCGUCUGCUGGAUCGAGGAUACCAGAACCCCGUCCUCCUCCUCCACCCGCUCGGCGGCUGGACCAAAGAUGACGACGUGCCCCUGCAGUGGAGGAUGAGGCAGCACGCCGCCGUCCUGGAGGAGGGCGUCCUGGACCCGGCCAGCACCAUCGUUGCCAUCUUUCCCUCGCCCAUGACGUACGCCGGUCCAACGGAGGUGCAGUGGCACUGCAGAGCGAGAAUGGUCGCCGGAUCAAACUUUUACAUCGUCGGCCGCGACCCGGCAGGCAUGCCUCAUCCUGAAACCAAGCAGGACUUGUACGAUCCCACCCACGGAGGGAAAGUUCUCACCAUGGCCCCGGGUCUCACCUCAGUGGAGAUCAUUCCCUUCAGGGUCGCUGCCUACAACAAAACUAAGAAAGCGAUGGACUUCUACAGCCCAGAGCGCCAAGCUGAGUUUGAGUUCAUCUCUGGAACCAARAUGAGGAACUUGGCUCGGAGCGGAGAGAACCCUCCCGAAGGGUUCAUGGCCCCAAAGGCCUGGAAAGUCCUGGUCGAGUACUACUCCUCCCUUCAGAAGAACAACUAAUCAACAGCSUUCGACAGCUUACUGUGAAACGAUAAAAGCUUUUUUUAAAGGGGAUAGAUUUUAUACAUGCUUUACUUCUGGAGUACUGUAGGUGGGACUGACUGGUUCUUAAAAACAAAAGUAGAUGAGUCACUCGGGUUUCAGUGGGUCAGCGUGGGGCGGGUCUCGUGUUGGAUUCAAAGGAAACAGUUUUAAAGAAGAAAAAGCUUUUUUACAUUUAUAUAAAAUGAUAAUUUUAUAAAUCCUUUAUCUUUUUAAUGACAUAUUAACUUAAGCUUUGUAUUUUAUUAAAUUAAAGGUAACUUGAUACACUUAUUUUUUUUAACGUAUGUUUUACAAGUUUAGGAGCACAUUCCAAGAGAAGGAAAUCACUUUUGAUAUUAACACUUGGACAAACACUAGUGUAUGUCAGAUUUACAGCAAUUAAACAAAUAUAUUAUUGUACGUCAAGUUAUGUGUAUAACCUGUCACAUCAUAGUUUUGCACAGCAAACGGUGCCYGUUUCCGAUUAAUGCCUGGUUUUAUAUGUGAAAGUGCCUUUCUCUGUGACAUGUCAUCCUGAAACUGAAUUCCUUUCUGGUGUUUGACUGAAAUGUCUGAGAUUUGUUUGAUGUCAUGAAGUGGGCCGGUGUAUUCAUGCAAUGCAGUUAGAGAGAUGAAAUGCAGUAAUAAAAAGAAACUGUCUGCUGCUGUGAAUCAUUGUGGGGAACUGUUUGAAUCAUAAACGACACACUCCGGUUUUUGAUUCGCCUGUGUGCUACUGGUUGUGCAACRUUGGUUUUUAUUAAAGUUUGCUCAAAGUA